AUGACAACCAACACGUACGAUAGUUGGGGCAGCGCCGCCGAGCACUUCGCGGACGGCUCUAUCUGCCUCGGCAUCGACCUAGGCACCACCAACUCAUGCGUGGGGAUGUGGUACGUGGAUCGAAACCACGUGAAAAUCUUUAAAAAUCAUCUGGAUCGCGGUCGCACGACGCCCUCUGUGGUGCGCUUUGACCCUAAGAGUCAGAGCGUAGCUGUGGGCAAUGUAGCUGUCGGUCUGGAGACUUCGGAGCCUGUGGAGAACACCAUCCGCUCGGUCAAAAGGCUCAUGGGGCAGAAAUUCGACAGCAAAGCUGUAGACGUCGCCAGGAUCUACGCCUCCUAUGAGGUGGCACCCACCGCACAAGGAAACGUUGCAGUCCAAGUAGUCCGAGGCCAGAAAAAGGUGCAAGUGCAGCCCGAAGAGGUCUCUGCCUGUGUAUUAAGAGAGCUUAAAGCCUCCGCUGAUGCCUAUUUCGACGGCCAUACUAAGCUGGACAAUGUGGUUAUCACGGUACCAGCAUACUUUAGCGAUACGCAGAGGAAAGCGACUAUUGCAAGUGCCUCAAUGGCGGGAUUUAAAGCUGUGAGACUGCUAAACGAGCCCACAGCGGCCGCUAUGGCGUACGGAUUGUUCCUGUCCGGCACAAAGCUAGUAACGGUGUUUGAUUUCGGCGGAGGGACACUGGAUGUGUCGCUGCUGAGUAUUGAAGACGGCAAGUUUGAAGUUCUGGGCAUUGGAGGCGACACGAACUUAGGCGGGGAAGAUAUCAAUAAUACUCUACUGGAUCAUGUGCUAGACGUGCUGUAUAGACGUCAUAACGUGACACGUGCCCAAGUGGGUCAAGCAGAUAUGGUGAGACUGAAACGAGAAGUCGAGAAGGCGAAGAUCGAGCUGUCGGAGCAAGAAGACGCGGAGAUAUCCGUGCAUGAUAUUGCUGACGUGUCGACGUUCACGUAUACGUUGACACGACGCAAGUUCGAGCAACUAUGUGACGCUAUCUGGAAAAAAUGUCUUCGUAUUGUGUCGAGUGUGCUGAGGGACGCAGAAGUGGAACCUUCGGACAUUGACGAAGUAAUUCUAGUGGGGGGAUCCACCCGCAUCCCGGUUCUACGGACCAAGAUCUCAGAGGCUUUCAACGGCAAAGAACUCUGCAUGUCUGUGAACGCUGACGAAGUGGUGUGUGAGGGAGCUGCUAUCCAGGCUGCGAUCUUGAGUGGAAUGGACCAGCGUGUGUUCCGUGAUGUUCUCAUGAUGGACGUCCUUCCGUUGCCAAUUGGACUGGAGACUGCGGAUGGCUCCAUGGAAGUGAUUCUCCUUAGAAAUGCACGCAUCCCGACGACAGUGACGAAGUAUUUCCAAACGUACGAAGAUGAGCAGCGUGGGCUGACUGUCGAGGUUUAUGAAGGCGAGAAGGAGGUCGCUAAGGAGAACGACCACAUCUGCUACUUUAACUUCGCGCUACCACGAGACAAGGUCGGCAAGGCGGGCGAGUUCGCUCAUCCCGUCACUUUCACGAUGAAUGCCAGUGGGAUUCUGCAAGUGCAGGCUGGAGUUCACCACGAUUCAGAGGAAUCGCCCAUGUCGAAAGCUGCCGUCUUCCUCAUGGGAGCUUACAUUCUCGCGCUCUCCGGGUUUUAUGUGUUUUUCCGGAUUUACUUUGCCGACGAGAGGGACAUCACGGCAUGA